AUGGCCAAUGUGUGUGUGCUCAACCUCGAGUACUCGUUCCUAAGUGUGCUGGCACAUGGCGCGGAGUUCGCCUCCGACUACGGCCACUGGCGCCACGUCGACGACGUGCGCUUCAUCGACAACUUGCCCCUGCUCUGUAAAGCCGCCCACAGUCUCAGUGAGUCCGGCCACGGCAGCGUGGUGGUGGCGGAACCGCAAUUGGACCACCCGCUCAUCACCGUCGCCAUCAACGGCGGCGAUGACUAUGUGCGCGAAGCCCGUGCGGCGGUAUUAAGAGAGUACAACCAAGUGGCGCUGAAAGCGGUGCUUUUGCUGAGAGAUGAGUUCCGGAGGAUCGACGACACCUUCCACCAGUCGCUAGAACGCGUGUGCCAACACCACCAGCUUGAAGCUACUAUUGUCGAAGUCGACGACGACUAUGUGCUUACGCUUUACGGCUACCAAGACGCCGUUACUGCUGGUGACACCGCCGUGCGCAUCCUUGUUGACUGUAACAUUAACCAAUACCUCUGUGAAGCAAUUGACAUCGAUUUAAGUCUUGUUCCCUUAGUGGGUGGCGUCGACUUAUUCAACUUUAGCCAAGUGGCCGCUCAGGCGAACGCCAACAUCUACGUGCCUGAUCUUUUACCCAAUGUGUUUGGCACCAGUCUGACGGAAUUUAAACUCUGGGUGACUGCUCCCGGCGCCGCCGAAGUGACCCUCGCUAAAGAAAUGCUUAAUCGCCUUAUCAGUCAACGGAUGGGUUCGGGACUGAGACUACUCCGCAAGGAAAUCGAUAUGCUGCGCCUGAGACUCGACUUGCUCUCGUUAUACAGCCAGCUGGCGCUUUUCACCAUUAUGUUCAAGUACGGCGUCUACAUUAAGAUGCCCCCCUUGGGAGGAGACUGUCGUGUGGUUGUACAAGGAUAUUCGAUGCACGCCGUCAACGAUGCCGUGAGCGAUAUUAACUUAUUGGCUACCGAGUACUACCAGACGCGUAUCUCGUACUUUGCCCCCGUGGACGAGUUCAUGUUGCUCCAAUUGAUGAGAGCCCGCAAGACGCUCGUGGUGCUGGCCAACCAGUACGGCAUGGACAUUGAAGGGCUGGCCACGGAAAUCAAACUGUUGAUGAUGGAUAUGGCGGCUCUGGCGAUGCCUGACUUCACCCACGUGCGGCUCCGGCUUGAGUUGGCGUCGACUCAACGUGAGUUUAUCUCGGGUAAGAAAAACGGUAAACUCAUUAAAAUUUUGAACCAAUUGAACCAAUUGCCCACGAUCAAGUUCCGCCCCUAUAACGGCCACAACUUCUACCUUGACUUCGAGAUCGUUGAAGGCACAAACUUGCUGGUACUCACCAAAGGGCUCGACUUAUUAGAGCUUGAGCUCCCCGCUGAACUUAAGUUUAAUGUCCCCGAAGUGUUCCACAAAUCCAUCAUUGGUAACGGCGGUACCAUCAUCCAGCUGAUCAUGAAGAAACACAACGUGUUCAUCAAGUUCUCCUCCACUGGCGGCGACGACUAUGCUCGUGACAUCUACCUGUUUAAACGUGCCGCCAACGUCCUCAUCAAGUGUCCAAGAAAGAACGCCGGCAACAUCAACCUGGUGCGAGCUGAGAUCGAGGCGUUGGUCAACCACUGUCUGACCACCGCCAGCUACCACACCGAGCACUUGAAGCUUUUGCGGCCACACUACUUGUUGAUGAUCAACACCAAUAAGAUGCGGGCCAUCCACGACUUGGAGGCUCAGUUUGGUACAUUCAUCGACUUCCCUGCCCUGGUGGAAGCGUUUGACGACGUCGACGAGGUCGUGGUGGCCAUUAAGGGAACCGAAUUGAAGACGAAGCAGUGUCUCCGCCAAUUGCACCAAUUGAUGCCGAAGAACUGGGAGUUCUGCAUCCCCGCGUCGCCCCGCUUAUAUGCUGACCACUUUGCUGGUGCCAGCGGCGAGUUCUUCUCGCGGAUUGUGGUGCCGUUCCGCAUCCACUUAGCAGUGGAAGUGGUGGUGAACCACACUCCGUUGUACGGCGAUCUGGAUGACCACCAGAUCAUCCUCAGUUACUACGAUGACUACGCCGUGCAGACUGCCAUCAACGAUUUAACCCAAUACUUGCGGGAAAAGAAGUUCUCCAUCCUCGAAAAGAAACCGUUUGUCUACGAUGCUAAGCGCCAGCGCCGCCCUGCCCCAGUGCAAGACCCGCUCCCGCCGCUCCCCCCCUCGCUUAGACCCACCGAUACCUCCCUCUUAAAACCGUCGCAGGUGGCGUCCCAAAUGUUUCUGCCGUUUGGGCCGACGAUGCCCGUCCGCCAGCCGAUAUGGUGA